CACUCCCUCUUCCGUCCGAGCCUCAACCUAGAGAGAGAGAGAGAGAGAGAGAUGGUGCAGAGACUCACUUACCGGAAGCGCCACAGCUAUGCCACCAAAUCCAACCAGCACCGCGUCGUCAAAACUCCUGGUGGGAAGUUGAUUUAUCAGACUACCAAGAAGAGGGCUAAUGGUCCCAAGUGCCCUGUCACUGGAAAGAGGAUUCAGGGGAUUCCUCACCUGAGACCAGCUGAGUACAAGAGGUCCAGGUUGUCUAGGAACAGGAGGACUGUGAACCGUGCCUAUGGUGGAGUAUUGUCUGGAGGAGCAGUGAGGGAGAGGAUUGUCCGAGCUUUCUUGGUGGAAGAGCAAAAAAUUGUUAAGAAGGUUUUGAAGAUCCAAAAAGCCAAAGAAAAGUUGGCAUCUAAGAGUUAAGCAGAGAGAUUAGAGGAACUUUCUUUUUAUGUUUUGGUGAAAUUUUGACAUUCAAGUGUUUACUAGUUUUGUGCUACAAAUUGACCUUGUUGCUACAACAAUUUAAGGCAGUUUUUUGCUCUAGUUGAUUAUAUUUUGACUCCAUUGCCAUUCUAUAUAAGUUUGAGUU